AAGAUUCACUGCGCUCUCUUCUUCGUCUUCUUCCUUCCGCCUGCCCUAUUUCCCGUCGCUCCGCGUCCGAAAUCCUCGCCUUCGGCCAUUUGUCUUUACUUUCUACUUUCUCGCCGAAUUGGGAGAGUUUCGUGUUCACGUACUCUGCGAUCUCGAACUUUGUCUGUGAUCGGCGGCCGUGGUAGCUAUGUUCACCGAAGGGCUCGACCCGCACGCUCUCCGAUGGGUUCACGAGGGCCAUGCUUCGGCGACAAGUGUGCAUCCGCGGAUGGAUCAGUUCGGAAACUUCCGAGACGGUGGAAGAGGGCUUGGGAUACCCCCACCGGAGAAAUUUCGGAGUGGUCACCUUCCGCUCGGCAGCAUUCCUAUGUCUCACGCUAUCCCGACUAGGGUAGAUAGUCAGUCGGGUUCUGACAUGGAUGAAACCUCCGAUGCUGAAGCAGAGAUCUAUGGGAUGCGCCAUUCUGUUGAUUCGUCUCCAGUGGAUGAGGUCUCUGGUAGGAGAGUCCCCAUCGGAACAUUCCGUCCUUCUGCCUUUAGCAACCGGUCUACAGGUCUUGGUUCUACACAGAAUUACUACUCUAGUGAUGGGUACUCAGACAUCAGCUCGUCAGUAGACACCACUAGGAAGCAGCCACAGCAGACAAGGAAGCUGGUUCAGUCAGAGUACAUGAAAGAGGAGGAUGAGGAAGACGGACUUUCAGACUCUGGUCGGAGCUCAGAGUUUUCCAGUCAGGUAGAAAGGCACAAUACUGGCGCUACUGCUCCUUUGAGAAGUGGCUAUGUUUCUGAGAGCUAUUCCUGCAAUGUGCCCCAGAGACCAAUUGCAAUUGAAAAUGCUAAUGCUGGGAAAGUAGGUAGGCAUUCAAAAUUCAACUACACUCACAAUGCUCCCUCCAUUGAGGGGGUUAGUGUUAGUGUGUCUUCUGAUAAGCUUGAUCCAUCCCCACGGACUGUUUAUCAUUCAAAGGGCUAUUCAAAACACGUUCCAUUGGUGGUGGAUCCUACAGAAAAGGCUGGUCUUUCUGACUAUCCAAGUGCUCCUCCUAUUCAUGGAUAUGACAAGGAUAUAACUGAUGAUGCUUCAGAGCAAAUUGCUGGUGUGAGAUCUCCUGCUAAAUCAAAUGGCUCAAUUUUCAUGCGAGAGUCAAUGUUCCCUGCCAAUGCUAGAACCAAUCAGUCUGAGACAACCACCAGCUUACCACAAAGGAACUGCCCCAAUACUGAAGCUGCUAGAUCCUCUAGUUUGUUGCCAGCUCGUCUUCCAACUUUUCAUGCAAGUGCUCAAGGUCCCUGGUUUUCUGUAAUUGCUUAUGAUGCUUGUGUUCGGCUAUGCCUUCACUCAUGGGCUAGAGGUUGCAUGGAAGCUCCCAUUUUCUUGGACAAUGAAUGUGCUCUUCUACGAGAUGCAUUUAGUGUGCGCAAAGUUUUAUUACAAUCGGAGGAGGAACUUCUAGCAAAAAGAUCAUCGGAGCUUGUUUGUGAAGGUGCUGGUCCAAAGCCUAAAAAGAUCGUAGGCAAGAUGAAGGUCCAAGUUCGCAAGGUCAGAAUGGCGCUAGAUAUUCCCUCUGGAUGCAGUUUUUCAUCAUUGAGACAACCAAUGGUAAAUCUGGAGUCACUUCGGCUCCGUAUGUUGAAUCUGCAAUCAACUCUCUCAUCAGGAUGGGAAUCACUUCGCAAAGUUCGUGUUAUGCCCAAUCUACCAGCAACUAGUUCUUUCUCAAGGCACAGUUUGGCUUACAUGCAUGCUAGUGCUCAGUAUAUCAAACAAGUAUCUGGAUUGCUUAAAAUUGGAGUUGGUACUCUGCGUAGUAGUAGUUCAUCAUAUGAAGUAACGCAAGAGACAUACGCUUGUCAGUUAAAAAUAAAAAGUUCACCUGAAGAUGAUCAUAUUAGGAUGCAGCCUGGAUCCGGUGAAACACAUGUCUUCUUUCCUGAUAGCUUAGGCGAUGAUUUGAUCAUUGAUGUCUAUGAUUCCAAAGCCAAAUCUUGUGGUCGAGUAGUAGUACAAGUGGCCUGUAUUGCAGAUGAUCCUAAUGAUAAACUUCGAUGGUGGCCUAUCUAUCAUGAACCAGAGCAUGAGCUUGUUGGACGAGUACAACUAUACAUAAGUUACGCAACUAAUCCUGAUGAAAACAAUGGCUUGAAGUGUGGUUCUGUUGCAGAAACAGUUGCAUAUGAUGUUGUCCUUGAAGUUGCAAUGAAAGUCCAACAUUUCCAGCAAAGGAGUUUGCUGUUGCAUGGAUCGUGGAAAUGGUUACUGACAGAAUUUGCCUCCUACUAUGGGGUUUCAGAUUCUUACACAAAAUUAAGGUACCUUUCUUAUAUUAUGGAUGUAGCAACUCCUACAGCUGACUGUCUCACUUUGGUUCAUGAUCUUCUGCUACCUGUAAUUUUGAAGAGUCGCAAUAAGAACUCACUAAGCCAUCAAGAGAAUCGCAUUCUAGGUGAAAUUGAGGAGCAGAUUGAACAAAUUCUUGCCAUUGUAUUUGAGAAUUACAAGUCCCUUGAUGAAUCCUUACCCUCUGGAAUAUCAGAAGUUUUUAGGCACACCACUGGAUCUCCUGCACUUGCAUUGGUACCUGCAAUGAAACUAUUCACUCUUCUUCAUGAUAUCCUAACUCCAGAGGCUCAGCUGAAACUAUGCAGUCAUUUUCAGAUUGCUGCUAAGAAGCGCUCAAGAAGACACUUGCUUGAGACUGAUGAGUAUGUAGCAAACAAUAGUGAAGCAAAUAGGAUGGAUGCUGUUGGUUUUGCUAAUGCUUAUCAGAAAAUGAGGACACUGUGCUUCAACAUACGGAAUGAAAUUUUUACUGACAUUGAAAUUCAUAAUGAGCAUGUGCUUCCAAGCUUUUUAGAUCUACCAAAUCUAUCUGCAUCCAUUUAUUCGGUUGAGCUCUCUACUAGACUGCGGUCGUUGCUUGUUACUUGUCCACCCGGUGGCCCUUCACAACCCGUGGCAGACGUUGUAAUUGCUACUGCAGACUUCGAGAAAGACUUAACAAGCUGGAAUAUCUGUCCUGUCAAAGGAGGUGUUGAUGCAAAGGAGUUAUUCCACUUGUAUAUUAUCUUAUGGAUUCAGGAUAAGCGCCUUGCAUUACUUGAGUCCUGCAAAUUAGAUAAGAUUUUGACAAAACCAAUCAAGCUACAAGCUCUAGCUGACGAGACAGAAAAGAAUCAACCUUCAGCUUUGUCUAUGGAUCCAUGGAUCUGA